UGCACUUAGUUCUACGCACUUGACUCACUCGCUCUUUUGUCACCGUACUUCUCGAAAGUUUUUUUAUUUUUUUUAUUUCCAGGCGCGAUGGAGGGCUCGUCGUCCUCUCAGCCGUCCGAUUCGAAUCAUCCAACGGCUUCUGGCGCGUCCAAGUUCCUCGCCGACCUUCCCUCCCUGGGGUUCUUCUCCUCCACCGUUGUCUCUUCAAACCCGGGUGGAAUGCGAGUAUAUAUUUGUGACCAUGAAACGUCACCUCCAGGCAAGUGUAUCAAUUUAGAAAUUCUAUUGGAAUUCCCGUAUCUUUUAUUCAAGGGACUGAACAUUUCUGUUGAAGAGGACCAACAAAUAAAAACAAACCAGCAGAACAUAUUGAUCAGAUCACUCAUGCUUAGGAGACAGAAGAGCGAUUCCAUUUCAAAGGAUGUGAAGGGUUUAACUGCAACCGAGGGUUCUAGAAAGAGGGUCGCUGAAAGAACUCCAGAUGCCCGAACUUCAGCUAAGAGAGCCAAUAGUCAAAUUAGUACUCGACAAGAAGGAUCAAACAGUCAGGCAUCUAGUAGAGACUUCCAGAGCUUCACAGUUGAGAAGCUUCGUGCCCUUUUGAAGGCAAGAGGUCUUUCCAUUAAAGGAAAGAAGGAUGAGCUGAUUACACGGCUGAAAGGGACUACUGGAUAAACCUAAUUUCCGACUUUGACCAGGCUUCUUUCUUUCUUUAUGUUUUACCAGCCUGCUUGUUUUGCCCUCCACGUUUACACAUCCAGAGUAAGUAGGGUUUGGUUUUUUUCUUUGUUUUGGAUGUAGCAUAGGAUUAGUGUACAAUGGAACCAUUAUGAUCUGAAGGAAAAUCUGUGGGACAGUUGUGUUUUGUAUGAUGGUGUAUUUUAGGUAUAGUUGUGCCUUUAAAGUUUUAGUAUCAACUACCAUGCAUGUACUUAAACCAAAAACUUAAAAUACAUAGGGAUCUUGUUUUGAAAAUUAAACAAAUUGUUGGGCCA